AUGAAGCUUCGCCUGAAACCCACCAAGCUUCGAUGGGCACGUGACGCACCUCCGCGGCCGGCACAUCAAAGCAUUGAGGGGAGCUUUUGCCCUUCUCCACUUGAACCAUUCACACCAGAGAGCACUCGGGACUUGACCCUGCUCUCGUCGGAAAGCCAUGCGGUCAUGCUUAAGAGACACACCUUGUUUGGCUACAGCGGCAUCCAGCUGCUAAGCUUGUCAAGCCUAAUUUCGCCACAUCCUCGUCCUAACACCCACCUCCCAGGAUAUAUACCAGCACCUCGCUGGAACAAAAGUUAUGCCACGACGACAUCGCAUCAUCCGGAAUAUGGAUAUCAAUGGCCUUCCGGCACUUCCUUCACGCCCUACGAUGUCUUGAACUUGAACCGGAAUGCCCCAUAUUCCAAGACUCGGUACUAUGACCUUGUGAAGAUCUACCACCCAGAUCGGCCUUGCAAUGAACAUCCUCUCUGUCAAAACAUCACCCCAGAAGUCCGCCUUCAGCGUUACCAUAUUGUAGUGGCUGCGCAUGAGAUUCUCUCGGACCCUACCAAGCGAGCGGCUUACGACUUAUCUGGUGCCGGAUGGAACCACAGCCCGAAGCGAUACACUACUGUUUACGACGCAACCGCGGAAUGGGGCCCUUAUGGACCAACUAUAUACGCAAAUGCCACCUGGGAGGACUGGGAGCGAUGGAAUAACCGUCACCAGGGGAAACAGCAGAACGUGGUUGACCACCGUACUUUCAUACGACUUGUGAUCCUAUUGGUCUUCUUCGGCGGUGCUGUUCAGGCUUCAUGGAUUGGUCAACUAAACAGUGGAUAUGAGCAGCGCCUACGCGAAGUUAGUGAAGACUCGAUGCGGUUCUUGACUGGCCGCCGGCAACAUACCGUGGCCCAGAUGCCCUCAAAUGAUGCCCGAGUGCAGAGCUUUUUGAUUCGCAGAGACCCGACUGGAUCAGGUCUCAAGGAUGAUGAACAGCCCGUCUAUCAAAGGGAGCUCCAUCCUCGCCGCCAGUCGGCUAAUGUAGAGGUUUCACAAGAACGCCACUGUGAAACAGAGAGCGCGACAGCUGCACGUAAGGUCGAUGCAGAGAAACCGAAGGAUAUUGGACCAGAUCUGUGA